AUGGAUGACCUUUUGGAUAUUCUCCGUGGUGGCUCAUCCAUAGGCCAAGCCCUCAGUGAUCUGAGAGAUGGCAAGUUUGAGGCCGUCCUGACUCAAGAUUUCGCCCAAGAACUUUUUGGUGUUUCACGUGAGGGUGACAUCCAAGAUAAUACGAUAUCCUGGACCGACUACAUCUCUCGUCAAGUUGACAACUUUUUGAGAUCAAACUCAAGAGAUCUCGAGUCUCGCUGUCAUCGGCUAUUAGUGGUUGGACUUGCUGCCUGUCAUGCCUUCAUCCAAUCCAAUGUCACUGGUCCACCGUUGGACUUUUCAUCAUCAAAAACCGUUAUCCCAGCGUCUUAUGCAUCAGAAGAGGCAAGUCUUAAAGAUGUGAGGAGGCUUGCAAUUGCUUCGCUGGGUGUGGAUGGAGAGGCCGCUUACUCGCUCACGCCGAACGUGGAGCUGUUUUGCAUAGCCAAGAUCAUCCUCAAUCACCCUUUGAUAGAAGAGAACGUUUUUGGCGCAAGAUGGGCAAAAGUACGUGUCAACUUUUGGCAUCAGAGAAUGCUCUCAGAGGUUACGGCAACUCUACAGACCGCGAUUUACCGGGAUAUUGACCGCCUAAAUGAGGAAGUCUUGGCUGCUGACUCUCUUUACUCUGAUGAGGCGAAAGCUCGAUAUUUGAUAGAACGAGCCGUGAUCAAUACGCAUCACAGUCUUGACGUUAAAGCCAGAGAAGACCUGGACAGGGUUUCUUCGCUCAGAGGUUUUGAGUUUGCUUUGACUGGACUGAUGGGAAAGAGGACCAAAUUCCAGCAAAAGGAUGUCAGUCAGCUGGUUGUACUCGCCCGAAGUGCCGAGGAAGGUAAAAAGGCAACAGAAAGCUCAGAUACCGCACCUGCAGAAGAAGCUUCGAAGCCCGCGACCUUAGAUCUGAACGACGAUACUCUCCUUGAAAAUAUUUCCUUUACGCAAAAACCCACCUCCUCAUCAACUAAUAUCAGGGAAGAGUCUGCACUCCCCGAGUCGUUGGCGUCACUGGAUCCUUCAAAUCAACCCGCAUUGAAUCCCCUUGAUUCCAUCAUCCUCCUUUCGCUCGCAUCCAGCAUCACCAACACAUCCCCUCUUCACGGUCUCACAAGAGAGGAGACUUUACCGUACGCUACCCGUGUUCUUGAUGGCGGAAGCACCAACUGGCAGGUCUACACGCAGGCUCUGCUCGUUCGUAGCCGUAUUGAAGGCUACAAAUCACGGACGGUGGAACGUGGUGUUCUGCAACUCCAAGCUCUGGUAGACCAAGUCAUUGCAGAUACAACACCAGACACAGGCGCUUCGACAGCUCUGGGAGAGUCUUCGACUGCCACUACUUUUUUGCCUAGACCAAAGGAGUCAGAGUCCGCUCCGGUAAGUGAACGGCUGAAGUACAUCCACCAAGUUUGCUCUCCGACACGAUGGGAGCUCGAAGCCGAGCUAGCUUCACGAUGGGUCAGUCUUGGCGGUCUCCGCACCGCACUGGAAAUCUACGAGCGGCUACACAUGUGGGCUGAGGCGGCACUCUGCUGGGCUGCUGUCGAAAGGGAGGACAAAGCAAAGCGUAUGAUCCGGAAACAGCUGUUCCAUCCUACUGCUGGACCAGACGCGGUUGUAGCCGACGAUGAUGAAGAGAGCUGGGAAGGCCCAGAGCGAGAGCCACCACCUGGAGAUGCUCCGCGGUUGUAUUGCAUCCUCGGAGAUAUUGAGAACGAUCCCAAGAUGUGGGAGUGCGCAUGGGAAGUCUCGAAGAAUCGGUAUGCACGUGCGCAACGAUCCCUUGGGCGAUAUUACUUCACCGCCAAAGAUUUCCCAAGAGCAGAAGCAGCAUAUGCUUCUUCCUUGAAGGUCAAUCCACUUAAUCACCCCACUUGGUUUGCGCUAGGUUGUGUUCGUCUCACUUUGGAGCAAUGGGAUGCUGCCGUGCAGGCAUUCGCACGCACAGUCCAGCUCGACGACACGGAUGCCGAAGCGUGGAGCAAUCUUGGGGCAGCGCUGCUACAUCUCGAAGCUGCAAGCCCGACAGACAAUGGUUUCGGCCAAGGCAACUCAAAUGCAGAGGCGCAGCUUAGUCACGACGACGCCGAAGACGUCGCGCUGUACAAGCAGCAGUCAAAGAUUGAUCCUCAGCAAAACAGGAAGCAGGCACGUAAGGCCCUCGCCCGUGCUGCCAGUCUCAAAUACGACAACUUCCGCAUCUGGGAGAACCUCCUGAUCGUGGCAGCAUCCAUCAAGCCUCCAGUCUACAGCGACGUAGUGGCGGCACAAAAGCGACUUAUCGAGCUGCGGGGCCCGACCGUCGGCGAAGCCUGUGUGGACGAGGACAUUAUCGAUAUGCUUAUCCGGCACGUCAUCGCCUCGACUGAAGUCGAACCGGCUCCCGGCCAAAGUGUGAAGGACGCCCUAGAUAUCGCGGUCCGGCGCGGUCUCCCAAGACUGGUUAUUGAACUUGUUGAGAAACACGUCGUGCCACUUAUUACAUCUUCCCGGCGCCUCUGGGAUCUCGUCGCCAAACUGGCUCUAUGGCGCAAACGUCCUGCUACGGCUCUCGACGCCCACGAAAAAGCAUGGCGGACAGUCGUCCAGCAGCCCGGCUGGGAAUUCGGUACCGAGGCUCAAUGGAAUAUCGUUGUCGAUGCCACAAUCGAGUUGACAGAAGCGUACGAAAGUCUUGGUCCCAUGCCCAAGACUGAAGGCCUAGCAGCGGGCGGAGGAGACGGCGAAGAUGCCCCACCCGUGGCCAAAGACUGGAAGUUCAAGGCACGAAGCGCGAUCAGAGGUAUCAUGGGUAGAGGAAAGAGCACUUGGGAAGACACGCCAGGAUGGGAGCGUCUGACGAAUGCCAUGGCUGAUUUCCGAGGCGCAUAAACUAGGUUGUCCUACUUGUCUUGUUUCCUACCAUCCUAUAUUUUGUCCCCGUGCGUCUUCAAUCUUCUUCCCAGUAUUGUUCAAGGGUAGCAUGUUGAGAUUUUGAUUGAUUCUGCUUCUGCGGGAUAUCAGAAAAGUUACUAUAGAGGAGUAUAUUCAUACAUUUGAUGAAUCAAGUAAAUCCAAACAUUUCUUUGUAAAUCAUACUGACCCUCAACUUCCUCUCUGCC